GUUUCUUCCGCCCGUCUCAACUCUGUGCAAGCCAUAGUGACCUGAACACUCUUACUGCUACUGAAACCAGCAAAACCACCUUUCCACAGCGUAACACCCCAAACAACACCAAAACCAUGGCCUCCGUCAUGAAAGCCGUCGACAUCAAAAACGGCACCGGCCCAGCCACCGCCCUCUACCUCAACCCCUCCACCCCGAUCCCCACCCCCGCCCCGGGCCAAGCCCUCAUCAAAGUCCGCGCCUUCGGCCUCAACCGCAUGGACCUGCUCCAGCGCGAGGGCCACUACCCGGUGCCGCCCCAAGCCCCCGCCACGCUGGGCGUCGAGUUCAGCGGCACCAUCGCCUCGCUCGGCGCCCCGCCCCUUGAUACCGAUACCACCUCCACCUCCACAGAGGUAGGGGGAGCGGGGUUCCGCCCCGGCGACGAGGUUUUUGGUCUGGCCUACGGCGGCGCCUACGCCGAGUAUCUGGCGGUGUCGGUGGGGAUGCUGGUGCGCAAGCCGGCGCACCUGUCGUUUGAGGCGGCGGCGGGGAUUCCCGAGACGUGGAUCACGGCGACACAGGCGCUGCAUUUUGUGCUGGGUGGGGUGGAGAGCGCUGAGAGUAGUGGUGGUGGUGGUGGUGGCAAGAAGAAGAGCGUGCUCUGGCACGCGGGCGCGUCCGGGGUGUCCAUUGCGGGUAUCCAGCUCUCGCGGCUGGCGGGGGCGAGUGAGAUCUUUGCGACGGCGGGGACGGAGGAGAAGUGUCGGUUUGUGGAGCGGGAGUUGGGGGCGGAUUUGGUGGUGAAUUAUAAGGAGGGGGAUUGGGUGAAGGAGAUAUUGGAGAGGACUGGUGGGAGGGGGGUGGAUUUGGUGGUGGACUUUGUGGGCGGGGAUUACUUUCAGAAGAAUCUGGAUGUGGUGGCGAGGGAUGGGCGGAUUUGCAUGCUGGGCCUGAUGGGCGGUGCGGUGGCUGAGAAUGUGAACAUUGGGAAGCUGCUCUACAAGAGGGCUCGGGUCGAGGGAAGCACCCUGCGGAGCCGGGACGAGGAGUAUCAGGGGAGGUUGAGGCACAAGUUGGAGGAGUAUUUGCCCCGGUUCGAGAACGGGGAGUUGAAGGUGCUGAUCGAUACCGUCUUGCCGUGGGAGGAUAUUGUCAAGGCGCACCAGCUGCUCGAGGAGAACAAGACCAUGGGCAAGAUCAUCUGCACCAUUCCUUGAAACAUCUAGAUAUGAGAGACAGAACAUGAUACCCGCCUGCCAAC